UAUCCUAGAUACGAGGAAGCUGUAUCUCUUUCCUCAUACUAGGAUCCCUGAAAUCAUCACGUGAAGAACAGGAAGAAAAGAAUCAGCUACUUUCUUUGUGAAUACAACAUUUUUAAGACUCCAUCAUGUCCGCGAACAAGAAAGUAGUGUUGAUUACCGGAUGCUCCUCUGGGAUUGGGCUCAGCCUGGCUGUGCGUUUGGCCUCAGACUCCAGCAAAACAUUCAAAGUUUAUGCCACAAUGAGGAACCUGGCCAAGAAAGAACGUCUCUUAGAGAGUGUAAAAGGCCUACACCGCGAUACUUUGGAAAUCCUUCAAAUGGACGUGACUGAUAGGCAAUCCAUCAUGAACGCGCGAGAAAAAGUGGUGGAGAAACGGGUGGACAUUCUAGUCUGUAACGCCGGUGUUGGUUUAAUGGGACCUCUAGAGAUUCAGUCCUUAGACUCAAUGAAGCAUAUUCUGGAGGUCAAUCUUCUCGGCACCAUUCAGACCAUUCAGGUCUUCUUGUCAGACAUGAAAGCUCAAGGUCAGGGCCGGAUUCUGGUUACUGGCAGCACAGGAGGACUUCACGGUCUUCCAUUUAAUGAAGUGUACUGUGCCAGUAAGUUUGCAAUUGAGGGAGCAUGCGAGAGUCUGGCUGUUCUUUUGCAACACUUUAAUAUCCAAGUCAGUCUCAUUGAGUGUGGUCCAGUCAAUAGUGACUUUCUCGUUAACCUGCAGAAGGCGGAGCUCGGGGAUGAAUCUCUUCAACAGGUUGAUGGCCAAACGCUCAGUCUGUAUGAAAAAUACCUGCAACACUGCAGCAUGGUUUUCCAAAACGCUGCACAAGACACCGAAGACAUUGUAAAGGUAUUUCUAGAAGCCAUCCAUUCAACCAAACCUGCAUUCAGAUACUUCACCAACAGCGUCAUGCCGCCUCUCACCAACCUGAAAGUCUCAGAACCGGAUGGAAUGAAUUACAUAACAGCUUUGAGCCAGAUCAUUUUUACAGAUGAUCAAUAAUUCCAGAAAUGUCAUUCAUGCUCUCACUGUAUCUGCAGACUUUGGCCUAGAUUAAAAGAACAAUAUUUGCUUCUUCUAAUUUUAGCUUCUGGGACAAAGUUGAUAAAGUGAGUUUUGUAAGAAGAGUUCACAAAAAGAGGUGGUUUCAUAGUCUAUUUUAGUCUGUUAGUUUUACUUGUGGAAUACUGCGUACUAAAGAUUAUGCAUCAAGGUUUAAGUCAUUCCACAGUCUUUGCAUGUUAUUCAAUAGCUCGCUUAUCUCACAUUCCUUAUUAUCUCUGUUAUGCCCAAGCUUCAGGCAGUAUUCUUGUGAUGCCUUGUUGAGGUUGAACAUUUCUAAAAAUGUACUUAUGUAAUUUUUGUUCAUUUUCUAUUUUUGAAAUGUGGGGAUAUUUUUAAACCAGUUACAGAACUGUGGUUAUGUAAAGAAAUAAAGCUAACCC